ACCUUAGUGUUAGCUUUUAGGAUCCCAUUCUUUAUGAUUUGCCUGACUGAGCCUCUGUUUGUAUAUUACCAGGGCUACUCGCUGCUGACUGGAGAAAUACGAGGAGAGACUCUCACUGAUUACCUUCCACCGACGCCACCGCAGAGGAGUGGUUACCACCGUUACCAGUUCAUGUUAUUUGAGCAGCCUCCUCACACAAAGAUAUCACUCACUAAAGAGGAGUCCUCCCGCGGUAAAUGGAAUCUUCAGGGUUUCAUCCGAAGGUUUAAUCUUGAGGAUGUGGCUACUUUGCAGUUUCUCACCCAGCACUUCAAGGACUGAAGGAUGCUUAAAUGCUGCUACCAGAAUAAAAAUGGGACAGCAUAGAAUGUUUCUUUAUUUUCAUAGUUUCCCUUAUUUCCAUGUAUUAAACAGUAGAAAUUCUUCAAAGCUUAAAUAAUCAUCUAUCUUAUCACUGAGUUCAAGAGAUGUUUCCUCUCUCUGUUGCACUAGCUAAAGGGUUUUUGAUGUCACCCCGUAUCUGUGGUCACGUGGUCUGGAGCAAAGGAUUUGGGAGAUAGAUUUUGACUUCACUGGGGAUUUCUUAAUAGUUUCCGAGCGCGGUCGACAAGAAAAGGAAGACGGACCUGAUAUCACGACUUAGUGUGGAAAGAGUUAUUCUAAUUCAGGGGCCGGAAACACGUCAGGGCCAAAAAAAGGAAGUGGGAGGUGAAACCGAGACCGCAGCUCAGCCGGAUGCUGCAGUGGAACCUAAACCAAAAUACUCUGUAGAGUGACAGGACAAGGAGGCGGGACUUGUCAUGCACCAAGUUAAGGGAACUUGCUGUUUGUGUCAUUGUUUAUCAUAUUUCCAUUGACCACUCUCAACGCAGCUGGAAACAAUGAGCUACUUUCAGGUAUCUGACUGAUUCAUCUGAAGUAAAAGUUGAUAUGUUUAGAUGCGCCCUUCAGUAUAACUUGAGGACAAUGAACCCAUCUUGAACUUGAGGGAGUUGCAUGAAAGCCUCACCUGGCAGGGCUGCAGAGGAUGGUGUGGGUAAACUUUUCAACCCAUCCACAAUGAAAUGCUUUACAGACUUUACCGGUCUUUGUAGAGGGUGGGUCAGAGUACCCCCACACCACCCCAUCCGUAAGGAAUAUUGGUUUCUAACCAGCAACUCUCCUCUGGGGAGGUUUUAUAUCAAUAUCCCAGAUGUCUGAAAAAGGGUGGAUUUACAUGAGUGACUUUGAUGCUCUGAUGAUCAAUCUUUAGUUGGUGGUUUCAUUGACCCUAGUUUGGUGUCUCAUCAGUGGGAUAGGCAGGAGCAGGUAAGAGAGGUUUUUGUUCCUUUGGUGGAUAAGCCAUCCUUGGUAACCCCCAAUGUGCCCUCUCCAUGAACUCUGAAAGAUCAUUGAUCCGUUGUCCAGCAUGUGCUUUGUUUGCCUCCCAGACUCAGCAGUCAAAGCACCCAAGUUCACAAACAAAACAACCAAAACGAUGCACAUGGGCCCACAGUGAGUGAGAGAAUCCACCGUUAGAACGCUGCUCCUGACCUUGAUUUGCUCGUCUUAUUUGACUUAUGAAAUCACAUUUCUAAAACCUGGCAAGCAAAGCAUAAUUCAGCACUCAUUCUGAAGCAUGCCAAGUAGGAGAGCAUUUUUCCAAAAGACACCUACUUGAAUCCAUCAGUACAAGACUGAAAUGCCAAGGUGAGCACUUCACUUCCAAAUGCUUUGGACAAAUCCUGCCAAAACAGCUGGGUUUUGCGGCUCGGUUUCCGUCACUGUGUUUAUUUUUUACUCCAAAUGUCAGAAGCUAAAUGUUAUGAUUAAGAAAAAAAAAUGUGAGCUAUAGUUGAGUGCUGUGGAGAAUAUACAAUGAGUUUCUCACUUCCCCUGAUCAUAUGACUACAAUAUUCAAAAUAUCUUUUAAUGAAGUCAAACUUCUCAUUCUAAUAAUCGGUAUAGUUAUCUGACUGAUAAAAGUAAUACAAUAUGCAGGAUAAUUUUAAAGAUUUAAUGAUUUGUGAAAAUACUGCAUAUAAUGAGUUGUGGUAGAAUGAAUUAGGUGCAACAUCUGUUCCGUUGCUUUAGUUUGCAUUUGCAUUUCUAAAUACAAAUAUUAGAUGCCACCUUAAUUUCCCAGAAGUUUUAAGUUCUAUCUUGUCAUAUAAUCCAUGUUUCUGAACAUAACUGAACCAGUUCUGUUUUUGGUUGUUUUUUUCAUCUACAGAUAUAUUCGUAUACCGUUAUUAAAUGAAAUGAUAAUGAAUGUACCAUUUUGGUGAAUUGAUUUGAAAGUUGCAACAAAACAUGAAGCUAAAUACUUUUGUUGUAUUUUUUUUCUGUUUUCACUUUUCUCCAGAAAGUUCUUUGGUUU